AUGGGGUCGGCCGACUACAGCGGCGGCCUGCCGCAGGCGCAAAAGCCCAUGUUCGAGACGGGAUCAUUCACGGGCUACCGCCCGGUCGUGGCCGAACUCGGGAGCGGCUAUCUCACUGCCGAGCGCGUUUUCAAGCAACCUUUUUGCGGGAACGCGGAGGGAUGGGGCCCGCUGAGCCCGUUUCGAUACGAUUUUACGCCGUGUUUCAUCGACGUGUGGGUGGCGGCGGUGGCGGCGUUCGGCAUCUUCGUCGGAGCACUCGCCGCCUGGUGGUUGGUGAAGAGGAAGCAGCCGGCUCCCGUGUCCAAGGACUGGCAUUUCUGGACCAAGCAGACGCUCCUAGCGCUCAUCAUCGCCGACGUUCUCGUGCAGCUCGGCUUCCAGAUCGCCCGCUACCGCGACAUCUGGUACGGCGACUUCCGGGUCUACACCACCGCCGGGACGGUCCUCUCGCUCCUCGUCAUCUUCGCCAUCCAAUGGCUCGAGCACUCGCGGCUUCGAAACGCCAACGGCGUCGUCCUGUUCUACUGGUUGUUUCUCUUGAUCGCGCUAGCGGUCAAGCUCCGCUCGUUGAUCUCGCAGCAGGUCUACGCCAAGAGCCUCCCGUACUUCGUCACAUACUGUGUCGGCUACGGCCUUUCCGUGGCCGAGUUUCUCCUGGAGUGGCUGCGGCCCAAGAAGACCAGCGCUUACGAGGCGUUGGUCGACGAGGAGGAGUGCCCGGUGGAGUACGCCACCGUCUUCUCCCGCCUCACCUUCUCGUGGAUGACGCCAUUGAUGAAGUACGGCUACUCUACGUUCCUGACCGAGGAAGACCUCUGGGGGCUGGCCAAGAGCGACACGACAAAGUCGACCGGCGACGCCUUCGAAAAGCAUUGGCAGCGCGAGCUGGAGCGUCGGAAGAACCCUUCGCUAUGGCGAGCCCUCUUUGGCGCUUACGGUGGGCCCUAUAUGCUUGCGGCCGUGUUCAAGGUCUUCAACGAUGUCUCUCAGUUUACUCAGCCGCAGCUCCUGAGGUUCCUGAUUGCCUUUAUUGAUUCGUACAGCAGCGGGGAUCAGCCGCAGCCCGUGAUCAAGGGCGCUUCCAUUGCGCUGGCCAUGUUUGCCGUCGCCGUUCUCCAGACGACCAUGAUUCACCAGUACUUCCAGCUGGCUUUCGUCACCGGCAUGAGGAUCAAGAGCGGCCUGACUUCCUCCAUUUACAAGAAGGCUCUGAAGCUUUCGAACGAGGGCCGCUCGUCCAAGACCACCGGAGAUAUUGUCAAUUACAUGGCGGUUGACGCCCAGCGGCUUCAGGACCUCACGCAGUUUGCCCAGCAGAUGUGGUCAGCUCCGUUCCAGAUCAUCAUCUGCAUGGUUUCGCUUUACCACCUAGUCGGAUGGUCCAUGCUGGCGGGCAUUGGCGUCAUGAUCAUCAUGAUUCCCAUCAACGGCAUGAUCGCGCGCUUCAUGAAGAAUCUGCAGAAGGCCCAGAUGAAGAACAAGGAUGCCAGAAGCCGUCUGGUCGCCGAGAUCAUCAACAACAUGAAGAGCAUCAAGCUGUACGCUUGGGGCGCAGCUUUCAUGAACAAGCUCAACUACAUCAGGAACGACCAGGAGCUGAAGAACCUGCGCAGGAUCGGUGCCGGUCAGGCCUUCGCCAACUUUACCUGGUCCAGCACUCCCUUCCUCGUUUCUUGCUCUACCUUUGGUGUCUUUGUGCUUACCAACGACCGCCCGCUGACGACCGACAUUGUCUUCCCUGCUUUAGCUUUGUUCAACCUCCUCACCUUUCCCCUGGCUGUUCUUCCCAUGGUCAUCACAUCCGUCAUCGAGGCCAGUGUUGCCGUCGGCCGUCUCACUUCGUACCUCACCGCCGAGGAGAUUCAACCAGAGGCCAUUAUUGUGAAGCCGCCUGUUGAGGCGAUAGGAGAAGAAUCUGUCCUGAUUCGUGACGCUUCUUUCUCCUGGAACCGCCACGAAGACAAGGCCGUUUUGAAGGACAUCAACUUCAGCGCCCACAAGGGUGAACUGUCCUGCAUUGUCGGCCGCGUCGGCGCAGGCAAGAGCUCGCUGUUGCAGAGUAUCCUCGGCGACCUGUGGAAGAUCAGGGGCGAGGUUCAAGUUCACGGGACGGUGGCAUACGUCAGCCAGUCCCCUUGGAUCAUGAACGCCACGGUCCGAGAGAACAUCGUCUUUGGUUACCGUGGUGGCCAGAAGGCUCGCGUUGCUCUAGCGAGAGCGGUCUAUGCGAGAGCUGACAUCUACCUCUUGGAUGACUGCCUUUCUGCUGUCGACUCCCACGUUGGGCGCCACAUCAUCGACAACGUCCUCGGACCGAAAGGUCUGCUCAGCUCCAAGACGAGAAUUCUGGCCACAAACUCGAUUCCCGUGCUUGUUGAGUCGGACUACAUCUGCAUGCUCACGGAUGGUGAAAUUGCUGAGAGGGGCACCUAUCGACAGCUCUUGGCUAUGAAGGGCGCCGUCUUCGAUCUGAUCAAGACCUCUCGCCAAAGCGACUCGGGCCCAAGUUCCGGAGUUGGAUCUCCGGACGGCAGCGGCAGUGAAACGUCCACCGUCAUUGAAGCAGCAAGCAAUAGUCAAGAGAAGGAGGAACUGGAGGAAGCUCAAGAGGGCUUGGGAGCACUGCAGACCAUCAAGCCGGGCCCUGGUAGCUCAUCAUACCAGGGACAAAAGCCCCGGACUGGAAGCUUGGGUACUUUGCGCCGGCCGAGUACUGCUAGCUUCAGGGGUCCCCGCGGCAAGCUGCACGACGAGGAGAAUCCUAGCAAGACCAGACAGGCCAAAGAGCACUCCGAGCAGGGAAAAGUGAAGUGGUCAGUCUAUGCCGAAUAUGCCAAAGCGAACAAUCUCGUCGCCGUUGCUGUCUACCUGGUUACCCUCAUUGCCGCCCAGACGGCUCAGAUCGCCGGGAGCUUUUGGCUCAAAAACUGGGCCGACAGAAAUACCAGAGCUGGCAGUAACCCCGAGGUCGGGAAGUAUCUCGGCAUCUACUUCGUGUUCGGCAUCGGUGCUGCCGCCUUGACGGUGGUGCAGACCCUCAUCCUCUGGAUCUUCUGCUCCAUUGAGGCAUCUCGCAAGUUACACGAGAAGAUGGCGACGGCAAUCUUCAGAUCACCCAUGUCAUUCUUCGAUGUAACACCGGCUGGUCGCAUUCUGAACCGGUUUUCGAGCGACAUAUACCGGGUCGACGAGGUACUUGCGCGGACCUUCAACAUGCUGUUCACCAAUUUGUCCAGGUCUAUGUUCAUCCUUGCCGUCAUCUCGAUGUCAACACCCCCCUUCCUCGCCUUGAUCAUCCCGCUCGGCGCCAUGUACAUCUGGAUCCAGCGGUACUAUCUGCGGACGUCCCGAGAGCUCAAGAGAUUGGACAGCGUCAGCCGCAGCCCAAUCUAUGCUCAUUUCCAAGAGUCUCUUGGCGGAAUCUCCACCAUCCGGGCGUACCGCCAGCAGGAGCGGUUCAUGCUCGAGAACGAGUGGCGAGUCGAUGCCAACCUUCGGGCCUACUUCCCCUCCAUUAGCGCCAACAGAUGGUUGGCUGUGAGACUCGAGUUCAUCGGUGCCGUGGUGAUCCUGGCCGCUGCUGGCUUCUCUGUGAUCGCAGUGGCCACUGGCCGCAAGCUCAGCCCCGGAUGGGUCGGUUUGGCCAUGUCAUACGGCUUUCAGAUUACCACGUCUCUCAACUGGAUCGUCCGUCAGACGGUCGAGGUGGAGACCAACAUCGUGUCUGUGGAGCGCGUGCUCGAGUACGCGCGGCUGCCCAGUGAGGCACCCGAGAUCAUCCACCGUAGCCGGCCGCCCGUCAGCUGGCCGUCGCGUGGCGAGGUUGAGUUCAUCAACUACAGCGCCCGGUACCGUGAAGGUCUCGAUCUCGUGCUCAAGAAUAUCAACCUGGAUAUCAAGUCGCACGAGAAGAUUGGUGUGGUGGGACGCACAGGUGCUGGCAAGUCCUCGUUGACCCUGGCGCUCUUCAGAAUUAUUGAGCCCGAUACGGGCAACAUCAGCCUCGACGGUCUCAACACAUCGACCAUUGGUUUGUUGGAUCUCCGGAGACGCUUGGCCAUCAUCCCACAGGAUGCCGCUCUCUUCGAGGGAACGAUCCGGGACAACCUCGACCCCGGACACGUCCACGAUGACACUGAGCUUUGGAGCGUUCUUGAACAUGCCCGGCUAAAAGACCACGUCGCCUCCAUGGAGGGCGGGCUCGAGGCCAAGAUCCAUGAAGGAGGCUCCAACCUUUCCCAAGGCCAGCGCCAGCUAGUUUCCCUCGCCCGCGCCAUGCUGACCCCAUCCAAUAUCCUUGUCCUCGACGAGGCCACGGCCGCCGUUGACGUACAGACGGAUGCCAUGCUCCAGACCACGCUGCGCAGCCCGCUGUUUGCCAACCGUACCAUCAUCACGGUUGCACACCGCAUAAAUACCAUUAUGGACAGUGAUCGCGUCGUGGUGCUGGAUAAGGGCGAGGUGGUUGAGUUUGAUACGCCGGCCGAGUUGAUCAAGAAGAAAGGUGUGUUCUGGGGGUUGGUUAAGGAGGCCGGAUUGUUGGAAGAGUGAGCCUGUCCUAUUUUGCGUUGCAGAAAAGGUACUUGCGUGUGCUUGGUGGGGAAAGGGGGUGCCGUGGAAAGGAGGUUUGGAUUCGAGAUCCAGAAAAAGAACGUGAAUUGGAUGAAUAUCAGCAGCGUGGGCGUAGAAUAGCUGCGGCAGAACAGAUGAGACGGGAGUAUGCAGGUAUGUACAUAGACAUGUGGUUGGUAAGUGACAGAACAAAGCCAAAAUGAUAUAAACAAGAAGCGAAUGGAGUCCAUAUC